CCAUUGCAUGUGACGUCACAACCCGGUGACGUUACAUCUGGAGGACAAGCAAACGCCACAUAUAAAUAACAAAGCAAUAUUAUUGUUAAGGAUGGUUAACUUUUGCGCAAUUUAUGGCUGUUCAAAGCGUGCUGAUAGGGAUAAGGAAUUAAGUUUUUAUCGCAUACCAGCUGUGAAAACCAAUGCGAGCAAAAUAUUGCAAGAUUUACAAAAGGAACGUCGUUCUUUGUGGCUUCGAAGAAUUCGUCAUACAUACAAUAUUUUAUUUCAGAACAACAUCUAUAUCAAGGGUCUCCUAUAUCGUCGGGCAGACAUUGACGGUUCUAAAUGCACGUAUUUACGAGUGUGCAGCCUUCAUUUUGUUACUGGGAAACCAUCGGCUUUAACGGACCAAACUAAUCCAGACUGGGCUCCAUCUCAAAACCUUGGACAUACAUAUGUGGAAAAAGUUGAUGUCGAUCGCUAUGCUCGUAUUUCGGAGAGAAAUGAAAAACGAAAAAGAAGUGAAUCCAUUGAAACAGUACUGUCAGCAGUGACUCAAUCGACCUUGACAAACCAUCUUGUAGACGAAGAACACGGAGCCACUCUGCUUCAUUGUCAGAGUCAGAAU